UGUGAGUGUGAGAGGACUUUGGGCAGUGGCUACGUCAGAGGCAGAGAGCAGCAGAAGAGAGAUGUGGAGCUGAGUUGACAAGCAAAGCAGCCGCUCACUUCUCUCCCUCUCUCUCUCUCUCUCUCUCUCUCUCUCUCUCUCUCUCUCUCUCUCUCUCUCUGCAUGUCUCCAGCUCACACUUGCACUCUAACUCUGGAGCCUAAAGCAUCCUCGCAGCUGACGCACUGGACUAGGCACAUCUUCACUUUGUACGAGGCUUCUUGCUUGGUGCUUUCACCCUCCCUUAUCAGUUGAGUACCUUUGGCUCUUUGCUGGAGUUCCAGAACUACAGAAAGAAGACGAGAAUAUGGAGGAAAGGAAGCGAACGUGAGGAGAAGGUGUUGAGAGACCGUCUAACUGUCAAUGAGAGAGAAGAAAGGACGUGAGAGACGGCAGAGUUGGGCAAAAGAGAGGCAAAAGAAGGAGGCAAAAGUCUUCAAGUGCAGAGAAAGUACUGCUGUAACAAGUAGGAUACUUGUGAAAGGUGAGCCUGGUGUAGAGGGAGACAGACGGAGAGCAGUCAGGGAUAUUAAAAGUGAUCUUGCAGCUACGCUGGACGUGCAGCAGGUGAAGAGGGGAGAGCAGCAGGAGUGUCCAGAGCCUUCGCUGGAAGGCUCUGCAAGUACAGACCUGGCGAGCCACAUGCCCAUCCAGUUUGUCUGCAAAGUCAAGUUCGCCGAGGGUGAUGAGGCCAAGGCGACCCCGUCCAAGCAAGACAGCACUGGCCCACUGGACGAGCGCCUAGGCCAGCCUAGAGGAGGAGGUGUAUCAGACCUGGCUGCCUUUGCUAGCUCCUCAUCACUACAUGGCCUGGCUCAUGCGUUGGGGACCUCAAGGUCAGGGCGAGUAGGAAUGCGGCAGACCUUGUGGGCCCUGGCCUUGCUGAUGUCGCUGGCGCUCUUCUUUUACCAAGCAUCCCGGAGUGCCGUUGCCUACCUGGAGCACCCGCACCUGGCUGCCCUGGGUGAAGAGAGCCGGCGUGAGCUCACCUUUCCUGCCGUCACCCUCUGCAAUGUCAACCGCUUUCGCUUUUCGGCACUUACGGACGCCGACAUCUACCACCUGGCUAACCUCACAGGGCUGCCACCCAAGAGCCGAGGCGGGCAUCGACCGGGUGAGCUGCAGUACCCACCUCCCGACAUGCUGGACAUCUUCCAACGCACGGGCCACCAACUAGAGGACAUGCUGAAGAGCUGCAACUUCAGUGGGCAGAAUUGCUCUGUUCAUGACUUCAGUGUGGUGUACACUCGCUAUGGAAAGUGCUACACAUUCAACGGGAACAAGACAUCUGCCAAGCGGACGCGCCAGGGGGGCAUGGGGAACGGCCUGGAGCUGAUGCUGGACAUACAACAAGAUGAGUACCUCCCUAUCUGGAGAGAGACCAAUGAGACAACUCUGGAGGCAGGGAUUCGUGUUCAAAUCCAUAGCCAGGACGAGCCUCCCUACAUUCACCAGCUGGGUUUCGGAGUCUCUCCAGGAUUCCAGACCUUCGUAUCCUGCCAGGAACAGAGGCUGUCGUAUCUGCCACAGCCAUGGGGGAACUGUCGAGCAUCGUCUGAGCCUGUUAUCCCAGGAUACGACACCUACAGCGUGAGCGCCUGCAGACUGCACUGCGAGAGCAUACAGGUCCAGAGAGAGUGCAACUGCAGGAUGAUCCACAUGCCAGGAAAGGCGGAUAUCUGCACACCUGCAAAAGUGAAAUGUGUUGACAGGGCACUCGCUUUGCUGCAGAAAGACACAGGAGACUCGUGUCCAUGUGAAACUCCCUGUAACGUGACUCGGUACGGCAAAGAGCUGUCUAUGGUUAAAAUCCCCAGCAAAGGGUCUGCACGCUACCUGUCCCGCAAAUACCACAAAACUGAGGAGUAUAUCAGAGACAACUUCCUCAUACUGGACAUCUUCUUUGAAGCUCUGAACUAUGAGACGAUAGAGCAGAAGAAAGCGUACGACAUAGCUGGGCUGCUAGGAGACAUUGGAGGCCAGAUGGGCCUCUUUAUUGGAGCCAGCAUUCUCACAAUAUUGGAGAUACUUGAUUACAUCUAUGAGGUUGUCAAGUACAGAAUCAAGAGACUUCUGAGGCCACAAAAGAACCAAAACCAACAGAACCAGAGGAACCAGAUUCAGAACCAGAUUCAGGGAACAAAGAACCUCCGGGAACAGAACCUUAGAGCUCAGCUAGCAGUUAGCACCAUCGCAACAGUCAGGCUAGAGGAUGUCAAAGCCAAGGAUCCUAAGGACGUGACAACGGCUCAAGCACACGGCGUAUAUCCAGCCUCAAUAUUGCCAAACCACCACCAUACACAGGCAGCUGUACAGCAGGACUUUGCUUGCUAGAAGAAGUUUUGUCUUAGUCUUCUCACCCUUGGAUGGAACCAUGCACUUGACUCGUAGGCUACAUUUACAUCUCUCACCUAUAAAAGCUGCAGCCAAAGUCAAACUCGUGAAGACCGCAUGCCGGUGAAUGCCCCCUUUCAGGGGGGCUUGGCACGUGUCCAGGUGUGGGUCAAACCGGCUCCACUACAUCAGCACACAGUGGUAUUAGCAUCAUCCUGCAUUAGCACCAGCACAUGUGCCAGUUUCACUGCAAGCCAAUGUGUAGGUGUUACAUUCAUGAAUAUCUCACGUGACACAAGGUGAUCCGUCUUCAUUGAGGGACCUUUUGUGAUGGACCAUGAAGGUAUUUUGGUGAAUGCAAAUGAGAACAAUGGUGUCUGUCAAUCUGACCACGUGACAAUGUCUGCAUAUCACCUUUAAUAUCUCACACAAGCACAGUAUCUUCUUAUUUUUCACCUGUUGGGCGGUCGAUAUGCACGGACCGGACACGUCACACAUGGGAGCAGAUGUUCACAAGUGUAGAGCAGCUGAUGAUUUCAUAGUGUAUAUUCCUCAAAGAGGAAUUCCACUGAUUUUUCAAAAUGACCACAUAUUUUAACAGUUAAUACACAAACCAAACUAUUCAGAGUGGACUGAUGCAGAAUUGUGUACUGUAGAGAAACUGUAGAAGUCGGAUUUCUUUACAGUGGUGGUGACAGGAACCAGGGGGCACUAUAAUCCACAACACAGAUAUAGCCAUUUUAUUUACUAUCCAAAACCACCAGUGACCUACACGUUUCUUCUGAUUUUCCAUAUGUAAUGUUAAUAGUGGUAAAAUAAUUCAAUACAAAAAUAAGUUUACGUUAGGAACUAUUUUGCCUUAUAAUGUACUUUUCUGUCAUGAAUGCAUUUAAAAAAAUUCUGUUUUAUGCCAACGUCUCAUGCCUUAUUCAUGUAGUAACUUUCUGUGGUGUAGCUUUUAGAGGCAUUAAAUCCUGUGAACCUCUGGUUUCCAUCACCACUGCUGUGAUACAAUUCAGACUCAUUAAGCUUAAUGGUAAAAACACAGGUAAACACAAAAAAUAUGCUUCCUUUAGGGACUAUUUUGCCCUGCACAGGCCAAUGCUAAAACAUUUUAGAGGGCAGAGACUGUAAAAAAAAAAAGGUGCCCACAAACUCUUCCUGGGCCGAAAUUAAGUUGAGCCUU